AUGUUCUGGGGAAAGCGGAAAAGCGAUGACGACGGUGUUGCCCAUGUCCGAGACGAACCUCGUCCGGACUUCAGCAAGCAACCUCUACCCCGCGAGAAACUUCCUCCCAAGCUACAGCAGCUAGUUGACCGUGAGGAUAACUUUUUUGACGAAAUUUACAGUCCAUAUUCUGUGGACACCAAUGAUACCCCAUACAGAUAUGCUGCAUACGCGAACCGUAUUCGUACCAUCCUUCUUUCUGCACAUCGCUAUGUCGCCUACACAUCCGACAUAGGCGAAUCUUUCCGGCCAGUAGCACAUCCCCUGCUGGUCCGCGGAGCAUACGCGAUUUCAUGGACAUACAUCCUUGGUGACGUCGCCCAUGAGGGCUAUAAGGCCUAUUUGCGCAACAGGCGCGUCCUAGCGCCACCCAGCGAGGCAUACAAGGAUGCCACGGACCUGAACUUACCGCAUGUGAUGAGAGGAAUGGCGACUGGCAAUAUCAGUGGCUCCCUCACAUCUAGCUCGUCUUCAGUUGAUCAGAGCAGGCCGAAUGAAGGGGACGCGGAUCUAGUGCCAUGGCCUACCCCCCAUAUUCCAUUGAUAGAGGACUACCGGGUUAUCAUGGCGAAGCGGGCCGUGUUCCAAAGUAUAGCAAGUAUGGGGUUGCCUGCAUUCACGAUCCACAGUGUCGUCAAGUAUUCGGGCAAGUAUCUCAAGAACAGCAAAAAUGCGAUGUUACGGACCUGGGGGCCUAUAGGACUUGGUCUCUCCGUGGUCCCUUUCUUGCCUUAUCUGUUUGACCGGCCCAUAGACGAAGCAGUUGAAUGGGGUUUCGAGACAGCGAUCCGCUCGUUUGCCGGAGAAUCGGAGGUUGUGCCUCUCCAGAGCCCUGCUCACUCUCAGUCGGGAGAGGUCGCUACGCUCGAUUCUGUUUUGAAGCUGCAAGGUGAGAAAACGCGCCAAGAGGCAGUGCCUGAGGGUUCGCAGAGUAGCGAUUCGGUCCCGUCAUGGGAAGAAUAUAAGGAGAACAAGCUUCGCCAGCGUGAGCAACGAAAGCAGGGAAAUCAAGACAGUAGUAUCUUGUCGAAGAUUUCUUUUGUGUCCGGCAAGAGUAAGGAGGAAUGA